UAUAAGAGGCGCGGAGGGGGUGUGCAGCAGAGUGCGUGCCUCGCCUGCCAGCCGGCUUGGCUAGCGCGCGGCGACCGUGGCUAAGGCUGCUACGACGCGAGCUUGGGAGGAGAGGCGGCCUGCGGGUCAGAGGAGCAUCCCGUUGACCCGGCCAGGCGGCGUGGCCCGCGGGUCAUGGCCAAAGGAGAAGGCGCCGAGAGCGGCUCCGCGGCAGGGCUGCUGCCCACCAGCAUCCUCCAAGCCACUGAACGCCCGGCCCAGAAAGAACCGAAAAAGAAGAAACAACAGUUGUCUGUUUGCAGCAAGCUUUGCUAUGCACUUGGGGGAGCCCCCUACCAGGUCACAGGCUGUGCCCUGGGUUUCUUCCUUCAGAUCUACCUAUUGGAUGUGGCUCAGGUGGGCCCUUUUUCUGCCUCCAUCAUCCUGUUUGUGGGCCGAGCCUGGGAUGCCAUCACAGACCCCCUGGUGGGCUUCUGCAUCAGCAAAUCCUCCUGGACCUGCCUGGGUCGCCUUAUGCCUUGGAUCAUCUUCUCCACGCCCCUGGCCGUCAUCUCCUACUUCCUCAUCUGGUUCGUGCCCGACUUCCCACACGGCCAGACCUAUUGGUACCUGCUUUUCUAUUGCCUCUUUGAGACGAUGGUCACGUGUUUCCAUGUUCCCUACUCGGCUCUCACCAUGUUCAUCAGCACCGAGCAGACUGAGCGAGAUUCUGCCACCGCCUAUCGGAUGACUGUGGAAGUGCUGGGCACAGUGCUGGGCACGGCGAUCCAGGGGCAAAUCGUGGGCCAAGCAGACACGCCUUGUUUCCAGGACCUCAAUGGCUCUACAGUGGCUUCACAAAGUGCCAACCAUACACAUGGCACCACCUCACACAGAGAAACGCAAAAGGCAUACCUGCUGGCAGCGGGGGUUAUCAUCUGUAUCUAUGUAAUCUGUGCUGUCAUCCUGACCCUGGGCGUGCGGGAGCAGAGAGAACCCUAUGAAGCCCAGCAGGCUGAGCCGAUCGCCUACUUCCAGGGCCUACGGCUGGUUAUGAGCCAUGGCCCAUACGUCAAGCUUAUUACCGGCUUCCUCUUCACCUCCUUGGCUUUCAUGCUGGUGGAGGGGAACUUUGUCUUGUUUUGCACCUAUACCUUGGGCUUCCGCAAUGAAUUCCAGAAUCUACUCCUGGCCAUCAUGCUCUCAGCCACUUUCACCAUUCCCAUCUGGCAGUGGUUCCUGACCCGGUUUGGCAAGAAGACAGCUGUGUAUAUUGGGAUCUCAUCAGCAGUGCCAUUUCUCGUCUUGGUGGCCCUCAUGGAGAGUAACCUCAUCAUCACGUAUGUGGUAGCUGUGGCAGCUGGCAUCAGUGUGGCAGCUGCCUUCUUACUACCCUGGUCCAUGCUGCCUGACGUCAUUGAUGACUUCCAUCUGAAGCAGCCUCACUUCCACGGAACCGAGCCCAUCUUCUUCUCCUUCUAUGUCUUCUUCACCAAGUUUGCCUCUGGAGUGUCACUGGGCAUUUCCACCCUCAGUCUGGACUUUGCAGGGUACCAGACCCGUGGCUGCUCGCAGCCGGAACGUGUCAAGUUUACACUGAACAUGCUCGUGACCAUGGCUCCCAUAGUUCUCAUCCUGCUGGGCCUGCUGCUCUUCAAACUGUACCCCAUAGAUGAGGAGAGGCGGCGGCAGAAUAAGAAGGCCCUGCAGGCACUGAGGGACGAGGCCAGCAGCUCUGGCUGCUCAGAAACAGACUCCACAGAGCUGGCUAGCAUCCUCUAGGGCUCGCCAUGUUGCCCGAAGCCACAAUGCGGAAGGCCACAGGAGGGAUCAGGACCUGUCUGCCGGCUUGCUCAGCAGCUGGACUGCAGGUGCUAGGAAGGGAACUGAAGACUCAAGGAGGCGGCCCAGGACCCUUGCUGUGCUCACCGUAGGGCCGGCUGCUCUGUGGCCUCCUGCCUCCCCUCUGCCCGCCCGUGAGGCAAAGCCCUGGGGCUGCCACUGUGAAUAUGCCAAGGACUGAUCGGGCCUAGCCCGGAACACUAAUGUAGAAAUCUUUUUUUACAGAGCCUAAUUAAUAACUUAAUGACUGUGUACAUAGCAAUGUGUGUGUAUGUAUAUGUCUGUGAGCUAUUAAUGUUAUUAAUUUUCAUAAAAGCUGGAAAACA